AUCGAGAAUCGAGAAAAGAAGACUCCGCCCGAUCCUCUGCCUCUUCUCUUUCCCUGCUCAUUCACCACUGCCAUCUUGCCAUCCCUCUUCUCUUACACUCAUCAUGUCUUCGAGUCCUUACAAAGUUGCCCGCGAGCUCAUAGAUGCAGCGCAUCGCAAAGACCCAGCCUACCUUGCUCGCUCGACGCAUGCUCAGGGUGCGGCCGAAGACUCUUCGUCAUCAAGUGAUGCCGACGAGUAUGCAGAGACGCACCAAGACGAGCUCAGCUAUGCAGAUGGCGUCGAGGCGUGGGCUAUGAAACUUCUAGACAGUGAUCCUCAGACCUCAAAUCAUUUGAAGUCCCUGAGCUCAGAAGGGGGACUCGAGCUCGUCCGCCUUGCUGCACGCUGUCAACAUUUGGAACGCUUUCUCACACCUCGCUCUACUUUCCCAGAGGGCAAGGCCGGCUACCUGAAAUGGCGAAGGAGCCUCUACCACAUCCAAGCGGAUCGGGCCAAAGAGUUACUGGCUGAAGCUGGAGUCUCGAGCGAUGAGCAGGAGCUUGUGAGGAAGUGGGUAAGCAAGACGGACCUCAAGGUUGGAUCCGCGGCCGCCGGGAGCAAAGGAUCGGACCCAGGCACGCAGUUGCUCGAGGACGCGGCCGUUCUCGUCUUUCUUCAGGAUCAAUUGGCUGGCUUCGCUCAACAACACAGCGACUAUACAAAGGACAAGGUUGUGAGCAUUCUUGCAAAGACCUGGAAGAAGCUCUCGCCCAACGCCAAAGAAAAGGCAAAGGGACUACCCAUGAACGAACCACUGAAAGGCAUCGUAGCAGAGGCAGUUGCCCAGGUAGAGGAGAAGGAGGCGGCAAAAGUAGCAGCAGAGAUGUCCGACCAACAAGCAGACUCGACCUCUGCUGCCACUUCAUCUUCAUCUCCACCAGAGGCAUCAAAAGCAAACUCUUCCUCUGGUCCUUACCAGCUACGCCCCAAGACAGCCGCCGAAGCAGAAGCGCUCCUCCUCGCCGCCCAGCAAGCGCGACGCAACCUCAACAAUGACGACGAAGACGAUCUCGCACCUCAAGAAGGUCCCUUCGGCUCACGUCUCCUGCGGAGCGGCGACAACUACCUCACCCACAACGCCUGGGACCAUGUCUCCCCUCCUCCCGAAUACCAACAGACAAUCGACACCCUCCUAGCCGCCCAGCGCGAAACACGCAUCGAUGAAGACGAAGCAGCCACAAAAUACCACGCAGACGCCGCUUCCCAUUGGGAUCGAUUCUACUCCUUUAACGAGCACAAGUUCUUCAAAGAUCGAGCAUGGCUACAUCUCGAAUUCCCGGAGUUGGUCGACUUGACUCGAAGUAGGGCAGGGAAGAAGAGGGUGUUUGAGAUUGGGUGCGGAGCAGGCAAUACCAUCUUCCCAUUGUUGGGGAGAAACGAGAAUGAGGAGCUCGAGGUGUACGCGUGCGAUUAUAGUAGGGAAGCGGUUCAGGUUGUCAAGGCGAAUGCGAUGUACAAGACGAUGAACCCAGAGGAGGACGCCGUGGCGGGCGAUGGACAAGGAGAAGAAGCGCUGGCCGCCGCUUCACCGCCAGCAGUGGCCAACGAUGACAAAGAAGCCGACACCUCCACCAUCACCCCCGUCACCCGACCUAAAGGUCACUGCCACGCCUUCGUCUGGGACCUCUCGUCUCCCUCGGGCGUCCCUUCCGACUCAGGCAUUACCCCGGGCACCCUGGAUGUAGUUGUCCUCAUCUUCGUCCUCUCCGCCCUCCACCCCCGCGAAUGGAGCCAAGCGCUGCAAAAUGUCCACUCCCUCCUUAAGCCUGGAGGGCUGCUCCUCUUCAGGGACUAUGGGAGGCACGAUCUCCCCCAGUUGAGGUUCCGGAAGGGGAGGAUGUUGGAUGAGAACUUCUAUGUGAGGGGAGAUGGGACGAGGGUGUACUUCUUUACGCCGGAGGAGUUGCUCGAGAUCUUCAGGGCGUCGGACCCGCCACAGGGUCGAUUGCAAGCCCAAGAGGAGAAGGACAAAGCUGCAUCGACGACAACAAUGGAGUCCGCGGCGGGAGACCAAGCCUCUCAGCCGCACCUCUUCCGCACUCUCCAGCUCGCAGAGGACAGGCGUAUGCUCGUCAAUCGCAAGGAGAAGAAGCAAAUGUACAGGCGAUGGAUGCAGGCUAAGUUUCAGAAAUUGUAGACUAAUGUUGAUGAAUGAGUGGUACAGAUAGUUCAGUGGCAAUGGACAUGAUAUAAUACAGUGGAAGAGGAUGCUGUGAUGAGUAC